AAUAUCAAAGAUUUAAUCUGAGUUUAUGAACCGACAACUCUCAACCCAUUAAAAUCUAACCAGCAAAAACCCAGAAACCAGAAAUCGAAUUAGAUCUCAACUCGAUGUGGACUUGAAAGCUAACUCUCCAAUUUACAAGGAAACUGUGCAAUGGCGAUCCUUGGAACCAGGUAAGCCGCAAUGUAUAAAGCGAAACUGGAAAAGGAGGAAGCUUUGAGUUGGUGGAGAGAAUGCUUGUUGAUUUUGUCGAUGAGAUUCUUCGUCCAGAUCCGGUCGGUGAUCACCAAAGAUUCCGGAAACUCUAUCGAAGCUCGUCAGAAAGAUUGGGAAGAAGAAGAAGAUCAGGACAAGAAUGUGAAAAAGAUAAUCACUUUCUCAAUAAGAAGAUCAAAAAAACAAAUGAACUGUCUUUUUUUUGUCGGUAGUCUUUUUUUUUCGCUUUCUUUAUGA